AUGAGUGACGACCUUCCUUUGGAUUUAGAAAAAGUGAAGUUUUUGCUACCUCCUUAUCUUUUGAAUGAACUAUUUGGUGAAAGCCUUACUUCAGAAGACAGUCAAAAUCAACCUACCAAUGGUAUUCUCAUUAACGGUGAGGAAGAAGUCAUUGUUCGAGUAGCUAGUUUUGAUAAUCAACAAUCAAAUCAACUUGUUCCCAUUUACCAGGGUGUUGAGGAAAAUGUGCAAACUUUACCAAUGCAUCAAAGAUACACUUGGGCACAAAUAGUUAAAGGAGAGCACAAAAACAAUGACUUUUUAGUAGGGACAAGGGCAUCCUUUUCUCCUUUGAUACCCACUCUAAGAUGUCAGAAAUCAGAAGGUGGAAAGAGCAAGCAAGAUCAAAAAGCAAGCUCCUCUGGAAAUGGAGCUAUGCGGAAGUAAAAGGAAUCUAAAUCCUAACAAUGAGGUGCCAUUACCUGAAGUUGAACCGUGUCAAGAAAACAACAAAAGAAACAAUAAGGAUGUGUGAACUUGUUAUCAUAAUGUUUUUUUUUUUCCUCUAGCCAAAUUUGUUGUGGGUUGUAGGCUUUGGUAAGUGGAUGUAAAAGGCUUAGAUUCAAUUCAAGCUUUUAAAAUAAUAUUCAAGUGUAGUUUGUACA